AUGUCUUCGGAUUUCUGGGCCGGAUAUCUCAGCGGGGCCAUUGGUAUCAUCAUUGGCAACCCGCUUGAUGUGAUCAAAGUAAGGCUACAGGCAGGUCACUCAGAUGCAGGUACAUCACGUCUAAACGGCUUUGAGAAGGCCAGCUCUCUUGUACGAGGCGCCGCUGCCCCAAUCCUGGGAUAUGGGGCUCUCAAUGCCCUUCUCUUUGUCGCCUACAACCGCUCGUUGACGUCAAUAGACAGCUCUGUGACGGAUCCAACAAAUCCUGACGGGGUUCCUCUGUACAAGAUCUGGCUUGCCGGAGCCGCAGGCGGACUGGCCAGCUGGACGAUCUCGUCGCCGACGGAAUUCAUUAAAUGCCGGGCACAGCUGAAUUCUCGUCCGGGAGUGUCUUCGUGGACAGUUGCCAAGGAUAUCUAUCGCACUCGCGGUUGGAAGGGACUCUACUUAGGGGGAGGGAUCACUAGCGCCCGCGAUUCAAUUGGCUAUGGAUUCUAUUUUUGGUCCUAUGAGAUUUGCAAACGAGCUCUGGCGUCGCCGGAUGAUGGGGCACAUCAUGCCGCGAUGAAGAUCCUUCUCUGUGGUGGCAUUGCGGGCAUUGUUACGUGGGGAUCUGUUUUCCCUCUGGAUAUGGUCAAGACCAGAUUGCAGGCACAAACGAUUCAGGACCAUUCUUCUAUGGGGACACCCACUGAAGGCCAGUCAUUAUUACGGACGCAGCACCAGACAUUGAACUCGGUUCAAAUUGCGAAAGAAGCCUAUCGCGCCGAAGGCUUGAAGGUAUUCUACCGUGGGCUCGGCAUUUGCAGUAUCAGAGCGUUUUUUGUGAAUGCUGUCCAGUGGGCAGCAUAUGAGUGGCUGAUGAAAAGUUUUAACUGUACUUGGGGUUCACCAGAACCACUGCCCGGCAUGUAG